AUGCAACCAAACACUGACACUUUACCACCUAAUGGUGUCGCUCCAAUGUGCAGAGGUGAGAGUAUUGUAGCAAGGAAAGCAGCAUCAAUGGUAUCAUCCAUAAAGGACCAACAAACAACUCAACAAGAUGUUGAUCAACAACAACAACAACAACAACAGGCACUGUUGAUGGCGACCAUGCAGAGUCGCCAAGAGAGAUUUCGAAGAGCUGACAGCAUAGCCAUCUACAAGUCCAAGCGUGGCAUGGUUUCACAAGCAGUAUAUGACGAGCCCCAAGUUGACGACGACCAGGAAGACGACUCAUAUCUCGAAGAAGAUGAACAACAUGCUACAUCAACAUCAACAUCCACGACCACUACCAUGGCUACCACCACGACUACGACGGACGCGCAGACUCAGGAGCAACUGGAAAGGAACCCACUGUCAAUUUCACAAGACCCUGGAUUGAUGAUGAGAUCUCCAUCAUUUGGCUCGGAUCAAUCAGAGAUUGGCUAUGAUGAUCAUCCAGUGUACAAGACAAUUUCAAAGCCAUACGAUUCUGAUCUGGUCAAGCCAAUCACCAGUCCAAUUCCCAACAGACCAGUGUUCCAAGUGGAUACUUCGGCUGAGCACGAGCUCAUCAAUCACUCACUGAUCGCACUGCGUACAUCGAUCAGAGUCGGCAGUGAUGACAUCACAUCCAUGGAUCAAAGUGAGUUUGAACUGAUCAAGCGUUACAAGAUAUCAAUCGCUGAGAAGAAGACCACUGUCAAGGACUUUGCCCCCAACGUCUUCCAAGACCUUAGAAACAGAGCUCAAGUACAUUCCACUGCAUUCUUGAAAUCCUGGUCAUCAUAUGUAUCGAGCGAGACACCAUCCAAAGUACCAAACACAUUCACCAUCUACUCAUCAGACAGAAGGUACAUACUAAGGACAAUAUCCAAGUCACACUCGAUCAAGAUAAGAAAGUUACUGCCUCAUUAUUAUAACUACCUGGUAUACAAUCCCAAUGCAAUGUUAUCACGCUACCUUGGACUGUUCAGAGUUGAGAAGAGACAAAAGCAGAACUUCUAUGUUGUACUAUUAUUGAACCCAUUUAACACCUGUUGCAAUGUCGAUCAGGUCGUAUCCACCAAGGCUAAUGGUGCCGAAUACCUAAAGAACAAGCUAUCACACCGAAAGAUUCAUCUGGAUCCAACGCUAAAGAGUGCACUCUAUAAGCAGAUGGAGAAGGAUUCAACUUUUCUUUCAUCACAUGAUCUAGUUGACUAUAACAUGAUCAUUGGAAUCAAUAGAGUGGACAGUGGAAAUGAGAUGUUGGAGGUGAUCAAGGAGCAUGAUCCACUGCCAAUCAUACAGUUUGAUACGCCAAUCAUCACAACCACUACCACCAAUCAUACUGAUAUGACCAUGUCCAGUAGUCAAACAUCCAAUUCACAAUCACCAAACAACUAUGUGGCGCCGAUCAUCAUGGAUGCAUCCUCAUCAUCGUCCACAUCAUCAUCAGCAUCCUCGUCUGCCGCCAACAUCUCUGGUGAGCUUUCAUCAUCACUUGAUGGUGGCAUGUCAUCCAACAACACCAUCGUCGACCCAAUCAAGACAAUUCCACGUCUUUUGUUCUUCCUGGAGGAGAUUGAGUGCAUUACAAAGUCCAAUAACUACUCGAUUGGCAAGUCGCUGAAGAGGUCGUUCAUAUCACUGCCGCGAACAUGGUCAUUCGACGAUGUUGUUGAUGAUAGUGACAUGCUGAAUGCGACCAAGACACCACCAGCCAUCCCAAGCUCACCAACGGCCAGUGCACCAAACUCACCAGGUCUCUUCACAUCUGUGCCCAACGGUGGUCUCAGCAGUUCGCUUCAAGUACCAAUGGGUCUAUCAAACACUCCAGUGUCACCACUGGUCAUGUCCUCAUCCAGUGUCCUACUGGGCUUCCAAUCCAAUCGUCGUUGUAAGAAUGGCUUCUACUCUGACAAUGGCCACGAGAUCUAUUACUUUGGCAUUGUGGAUAUCUUUGCGAGUGUGGACGUGUCGACAACAACAAAUACCACAGCCACCUCGACAUCGACAUCAUCAUCGGCGACAUCAUCACCAGCUUCAUCAUCACCUGUAUCAGCAUCACCAACAUUGGCACAUAAGAGAGCAUCCUCAUCCACCGCCUCGUCUUCAUCACCACUGUCACUUGUGUCCAAGAUGAAGCUACAGACCUCAGCAUUUAGCAGCAGUGCCAACACAUUCCUUCGCAAGUUCCUCACCUAUGCCAAGAGUAUCAUGUUCAUGGACACCAGUGUACUGUUGAUCAACAGCAGUACCAGCAAGAGUAUGAGCAACCUGUUGCGCACAAACAGCACCGUAGGCUACUCUCCAAGAUAA